UGGGAGCCGGAGUGCUCAGAGCGAGGUAGGGGUGACCUGGCAAGGCAGGGAGCCCAGGGACGCGUGGGCGGCGAGAGCCCGCGGGAGGGAGCAGCCGGAGCUCGGGGGCCGGCCAUCCCCGCCCCCCUCCCCAGCUGGUCCCCGCCUCCGUCACGUGGGAGAGCAGUGGCCGGCUGUCCCAGAGCCCUAUGGCGCUGCGCUGGGACGCUCCUUUCCAGCUGCUCCGAGGAGCCGGGUGCAGGGGACACCCUCGAUCCGCUCAGCGCCCUGCUCUGGGGAACCAGUGAGGAAAGUAACCGAACCAACCAGCGGGAGAUCUCGGAUAAGUAAGACGUGUGUACUCGAGACCCUGCGAUAAAAAAAGUCCGUGCCUUACAGAUGCCCGCGGAAUUCUUACUGAAAACAAGGUGUUGCGUGUGCUAGGAAGAAAAAGGGAAAGAGGCGUUUAUAUAGCGUCUGAUAAAAAUAAGAGAAAGGAACUGAGCAAGCUAAAAAGCAGCCAUGGCGUCAGAUGCUAGUCACAUGCUGGAGGCUGCCCUCGAGCAGAUGGAUGGGAUUAUUGCAGGCACCAAAUCGGCUGCUGAACACAGCAAUGGUGUCUAUGAUGUUGGGCUGCCCUCCCAAUCCCCAUACAUGAGCAUGUUCCCAGUACUUCAUCUCAUGGAGGACCUGAGGCUGUCGUUGGAGAUGCUGGAGGAUCCUCAGGAAAGAGAAGUCCUUCGGGGGCAGAUCCCAGAGCCCACUGCAGCCUACAUAAAAGAGUGGCUUCAGGGAAAUCUGUCCCAGGUAAGCCACCCAGCUGCAGUUACAAAUGAAACCUACCAGGAGCGUUUGGCCCGUUUAGAAGGAGACAAGGAAUCUCUCAUGUUACAGGUGAGUGUCCUGACUGACCAGGUGGAGGUCCAGGGAGAGAAGAUCCGGGACUUAGAAGUCUGCCUGGAAGGGCACCAGGUGAAACUGAAUGCUGCUGAAGAGAUGCUUCAACAGGAAUUGUUGAGCCGCACAUCACUUGAGGCACAGAAACUGGAGCUGACGGCGGAGGUUUCAGAGCUGAAGCUCCGGCUGGUCGGCAUGGAAAGGGAACAGAAAGAACAGGAGGAGAAGCAGAAGAAAGCCGAGUUAGUAGUGAAUCUGAUCAGUGAUCUACAGGAGCAGAUGUGUAGACUACAGCUGGAAAUCAGUAGCCAAAUUCAAGAGAGAAUGUUGCAGGACAGGGACCACAUGGAUGAAUAUAGUCCUCAGGAGAGCCCCCAGGCCAGCAACCCCGAUGGCUUGCCUGAAUUGCUGCAGGAACUUAAGCAUCUCAAAAUUAAAGUGGAAGAGUUGGAGAGUGAGCGAAAUCAGUAUGAAUGGAAGUUAAAAGCAACAAAGGCUGAAAUCGCCCAACUGCAAGAGCAGCUGGCACUGAAGGAUGCAGAAAUCGAGCGCCUCCACAGCCAGCUCUCCAGGACCGUGACCUGCGCCGAAAGCACAGAAAGAGAGGGAGUUUGUAAGAGAAGGCUAAAGGAAAAAUAUCAAGAAGUUCAACGUCUAAAAAUAGGAAUGGAAACCUUACUUGUUGCAAAUGAAGAAAAGGACCGUAGGAUAGAGGAGCUCACGCUAUUACUGAGCCAGUACCGAAGGGUAAAGGAGAUCAUGUUGGGUGGUCACGGCUCUUCAGAAAGAAUCCUUUCUAGUGGAGAUGAAGAAAUGGAGGGAUCUUUCAGGAAAUGGAACAUGAUGAACAAAUCCUUAGGAGAUGCUAUGAAACUGGAGAUGUCUCCCAGAUGUACCUCCCCUACUUUAGGGGUUCCUCCCCUGCCUCAGAAAAUCCUGGAAACAAGUGGAAGCAUCCUGGGUGCCAGCAAUGGCCAGAUUUCCCCCUGUGAGGAGGAUUCCCUGGAAACACAGAGCAGGACUCAGGAAAAACUGUCCAGUAGUCUGGAAGACCUGCAACAUAACUCUGUGGAAAAGUAUGUAGACGGGAAACCACUCGUGCCUGUUGUAGGAUCUGAGGACACCCUUUUCCUAGGGGAAAACAAAUACCCAACAUUACCAGGGAAGCUUUCUGGAACUACACACAAUGGAGAGCCUGGAACAUCAAUCCCAUCUGCUUCUCACACCUCAGGGAGCAGCCUGCCAAGCCUGACUCGUGGCCGGAGUGUCAGUGCACCGAUAUUAGGAGAGACUGAGAGCAGUUUGGAUAAUACUGUCACAUCAAAUGACCUUUCACCUACUUCUUCUGGAACCGAUUCUGGACCCCAGUCCCCACUGACUCCAGAAAUGAAGCGGAGUCCUAAAGGCAUCAGGAAAUUCUGGGGAAAAAUAAGAAGGACUCAAUCAGGAAAUUUCAACACAGAUGCAAUAGGAAUAGCAGAAUUCCGCCGAGGUGGGCUCCGGGCAACUGCAGGACCGAGGCUAUCCAGAACCAGAGACCCCAAAGCUCAGAAAAGUGAUUUCAACGCUCCUUUUGCCCAGUGGAACACGGAGCAAGUGUGUACAUGGCUGGAGGACUUCGGUCUGGGUCAGUAUGUGAUCUUUGCCAGGCAGUGGGUGAGCUCCGGCCACACGCUCCUGACUGCUACCCCUCAAGACAUGGAAAAGGAGAUGGGAAUUAAGCAUCCCCUGCACAGAAAAAAAUUAGUUUUAGCCGUGAAAUCAAUUAACACAAAGCAGGAAGAGAAGUCUGCACAACUAGACCACAUUUGGGUAACCCGGUGGCUUGAUGAUAUUGGCUUGCCUCAAUACAAAGACCAGUUUCACGAAUCCAGGGUUGAUGGUCGGAUGCUUCAGUACCUAACUGUGAAUGACCUUCUCUUCUUAAAAGUCACCAGUCAGCUGCAUCAUCUCAGCAUUAAAUGUGCCAUCCACGUGCUACAUGUCAACAAAUUCAAUCCUCACUGCCUGCACAGGAGACCCGCGGAUGAGAGUAACGUUUCUCCUUCUGAAGUGGUACAAUGGUCCAACCACCGAGUGAUGGAAUGGCUGAGGUCAGUGGACCUGGCUGAAUACGCUCCAAACCUCCGAGGAAGCGGAGUUCACGGUGGUCUCAUUAUCCUGGAACCCCGUUUCAGCGGGGACACACUAGCCAUGCUUCUGAACAUUCCUCCUCAGAAGACACUCCUCCGACGCCAUUUAACCACCAACUUCAAUGUCCUCGUCGGCCCCGUGGCCCAGCAAGAAAAGAGAGAUAUAAUGACAUCCACAGCCUACACACCCCUGACCACUACUGCCAAAGUCCGGCCAAAGAAACUAGGAUUUUCACACUUUGGAAAUAUGAGAAAAAAGAAGUUUGAUGAAUCUACAGACUACAUAUGUCCCACAGAGCCAAGUGAAAGUAUUAAUGGCAAUCACAAGGCUUAUGGUGGCCACAGCCACCGAAGCCUCAGCCCCAGUCCCGGGGAGGAACUGGACAAACUGGAUCAGAUGGAACCCUCGGAAGGUACAGUCCUGCAGAUAGGGGUCAUCUCCCAAGGCAUUCACAACCUCACGACUGUGCUGAACCAAGAUGGGCUCCUAAAAUGAAACUCACUCAUCUUCUAAUGUCCAUGACUAGAAGAUCAGAAAUAUUUAGUCACCCAAACCAGGAGUGCUAACUACAGCCAAAUGCCUCCAAGUACUGCCAAAGAAAAGGCUCAGGUGAGCUGAAAAAGAGCUGUGCAGCCUGAAAGAUUUUUCAUCCUGGUAUGUGUCCCUCAUGGCCCAGCUUACAGAGCCUAGGGUGAUUGAAAGAUACCAUUGUUUACUAAUAAUUGAUCACUUUUGGAAAAGUGAUGCAAAAUGUUUGUGAUAAAUGAGAUACAAUUUACUUGCCUGGCUGAACAAGAGUCAAAAUGUUUCUAUUAUAUUUUCUGCCGUGUUUGCUAUUGACCAAAAUUUUAAUAUAUUUGUAUUUUUGCAAUAGGA